UGACGAGGAGGAAUCUUGCUGGUGACCAAAGAUGGAAGAAGCUCUGGUGAUCUCCUGUAUACUGACGCUGGUUUCGUCAGCCGCACCUCACAUCCACAUAAACGAACACGAACAGAACACGAGGGUGAUUGGUGGGAACACAGCAGCGAGAGGAGAGUUCCCGUACCUGCUCAGUCUGCAGGUGAAGACUGGAGAGCUGCUGGGAACUCACAUAUGUGGAGCUGCUGUUGUCAGCAAUAUGUGGGCAAUAUCGGCUGCCCACUGCGUCGGUCAUGCUCUCGUCGACAAGGAAUCGUUGCAGAUAGUGGCUGGAGAAUACUCGCUCCAAUCACCAGAGGGAACCGAGCAGAGAAUAGACGUCGCGGAGAUUGUGGUCCACGAAGAGUUCGACCCCCUGACUCUAGCCAACGACAUCGCGCUCUUGAGAUUGAAGAGCUGGCUCUACUACGACAGAAACGUCCAGCCGGUCGCCCUGGCCUUCCGGGGCUACAGCCCCCACCCCCUGGCCAAAUGCGUCCUCUCCUGGCUGGGGCGCGACCCGCGAGGAAGGCCCGACGUCGGACGUCCCGAAGUACGUGAAGCUCCCCGUCGUCUCGGACUCGUCCUGCGAAGGAUACUACGAAGGAUCUGGCUUGAGCGUCUGGGUUCGUCCACCCUCUGCGCUGGGUAUGAGGGCGGCGGGGCAGACGCCUGCAGUCAGGACGACGGGGGGCCCUUGGUGUGCGAGGCUGGGGCACACAAGUACCUGGUGGGCAUCGCUUCCUUCGGCAUAGGUUGUGGGAGGCCUCGGCAGCCUGGGGUCUACACGGAGGUGUCUUACUUUGCCCAGUGGGCUGCCGAAGUGACUGGGGGGCGACGCUGAGCGGAAUAGGAGCCUUUGUUGCGACAGCCUGUGGUGGACUUGUCGUAAACAAUAAACUAAUGGUAUCUUAGUAUCCGCAGAGCUGAUUGACUAAGAUAGUUGGAUGGAGAUGCCAGCAAAUUGCUCGGGGAUAAUUGUACUCAUGGUUUUCUUAGACGAACCCCACUGCCAACACGAUUGCAACAUUUUUGGUAAACACGCAAAAAAAAAAA